AGGAAGCUACUGAAGCUGCUGACCAUUGUGUAAGACGCAUCCAAUGCAAGUGUUCAUUCGCUGGAGUUCUACAUUCAUUGCCGGGGGGUGAACUCCUGAGGAGCGAAUGAAGAAACAAAUUUUGCUUUUAUUCACAUUCAGAGGACUAGUGAGUAAAGGAAAAAAGGGGAAAAAAAGAAAAUGGCCAACUUUAUAUUACGGAAAGCUGAACCCAACGACGUAUCCGAUAUCUUGCGACUCAUAAAGGUAAGUUGGAUAACAAAACAUACUAAUCUGAUGUCAAACUGAACAUUUUGUCAGGUCAUGAUUCAAUGACUUCCUUUUUUCUUUCCAUUCACUUUAAAGGAACUUGCGAAAUUUGAAGAAAUGGAGGAGAAGGUGUUGUUGACUGAAAAAGGUACUUAUGAUAGGCUCAAUUUACAUUUCACACAAACAAGAAAAUUUUCUUAGUUUUAAAGAAAGAAGUUUUUACAUGUCAAAUCAACGUCCUACUUUCAGAUUUACUUGAAGACGGCUUUGGUGAUCAUCCGUUCUACCACUGCCUUGUUGCGGAAGUCCCAAAAGAGCAGAGCUCAGAAGGUUCAACUUUCUUAAUACAAGCUUCCUCUCAAAUAAAGGACUUUAUUUCCUAAGAAGCUGAUUUAUCCUUAAAUCCAACUCAUAACAUGUUUAUUUUCACUUCUAGGUUACACUGUGAUAGCCUUUGCCAUGUACUACUUCACCUAUGACCCUUGGAUUGGAAAGCUUCUCUACCUUGAGGACUUCUUUGUGAUGCAGGAGUUUCGGGGUGAGUUUGUCAGUGUACAAUACAAUAAAGGUUAAUGAGUAACACAAAAACUUUGAACCAAUUGUUUCACUUGCACUUUGUUUUUAUCUCUGACCAGGUCUUGGCAUUGGUUCAAAAAUCCUGAAGGUCCUGAGUGAGGUACAGUUGUGCACUUAAAAUAUCCUCAAAACUUAAUCUCAACCUUGUUAUACUUCUUGAGCCCUUGUGUUAUAAGGUUUGUUUGUUUAUCCUUCUCCUAGACGGCUGUAAAGACUCGCUGUAGCAGUAUGCACUUCAUUGUUGCAGAAAACAACACAAAGUCCAUCGAGUUUUACAAGCGGAGAGGAGCGGCUGAUCUUUCCUCUGAGGAGGGUUGGCGUCUGUUUGAGAUUGAAAAGCCGGACCUGCUUAAAAUGACUUCCAAAUAAAGUUUACUGUUUCUGUGCUUGUACUACUAAUGAUAACAACAUUGCUUUCUUUUAAAGUGAUUGGAUAGAGCCUUAAGAACUUAUUGAUCAUCAGCUGUUAGCCUUUAAUACUGAAUGAAAUGCGCGCAGCUAAACUGAUAUCUAGAAAUCUCUACUGAUUGAGGAUAAAAACAGGUGUUAAGGAGUUAUAAUGUUAACAGUGCUGUUUUGUUGUGUUUUGUUUCAAUCAUUUUGGCCUUUUGUGAUUUUCCUAUUUGAAAACUGUUGAGAAAAGUUGAAAAAAAAUAAACAUAAUAUCAUGUA